ACCAGGCAGUUCACAGAGGCAGAGAGCUCAGCACCAAAAAGAAAACAGAGGAAAAACACAGAGACAGAGGGAAGAGAGCACGUUCAAUAUACCGAUAGGCUUGCUGGAAUGUUUCCUUGGCUGUUUAUCACCAGCUGAGAAGAAAAAAACCUUGUGACUGUGGAUUUCUUCUUGCCUGCUGCUGCUUUUGUGGACUCUUUUCCUCUCUUCUCUGGAUGUGUGAGCUUUAAGUCUGUCGGCAGUUAACUGAAGAGGAAGGAUCUAUUGACACCUUUUGGGGAUUUACACUUUGAAGAGUAAACCUCUACUUGUUGUGAGAGGCAAGAGAGGAAGACUUGGGAGAGACAGAGAGAGAGACAGAGAGAGAGAGAGUGAGAGAGAGGGAGGUGGGAAAAAGAGAGUGCCGGGCCAUGCCCACCUCUGCUCAUGGUUCAACAGCAUGAAAGGGGGCCACCAUCACCAUCGCCACCACCGAGGCUGUGGCUGCCAACACUUGUUCCGUAAAGUCCUGGCCAAGUGUGGCUGCUGCUAUGCCCGAGUCAGAGACUCAUACUCGGCAGCAGGCAGCGAAGGUAGCAUCUCCACCUCUGUGGCGUCACUGCCCCCGCAGGCAUCAGGCAGCUCGGCCCCCAGCUCCCCAGGCUCCAGGCGCUCUGUGAGUACCCUGAAGAAAUGGCUCACAAAUCCUGUCCGCAAACUCAGUGCCGGGGCCACUGCCAAAGGGGAGCGCCAGGUCCGCAAACUUGAGGGAAAGCCUGCACCUCUUCCCUCCCACAGCCACAGCCAGGAUCUGGGCAGCCCUCUGAGGCCUGAUGACACAUUCACCAUCCUGCCUGUCACCCACAGAGAACAGGAGUGGAAAGAUGGCCUGGCAAGCCCUGAGGACCUGUCACCGGCUACACUACAGUCCCCCGGCUACAUAACUGACUCGCUGAUAGGCUGCACGUCACUGCCAAACACCCAGCCUGUCUCCCUCUCUGACACCCAGUCCACCAGUGUUCUGCCAGAUGACAGCGGCUCUGUGUUGAUGGACGACACCUCCAGCCAAUGGUCAGCUGCAGCUGACACUGAGGAGGAGAGGAAGAGUGCCUUAGAGAAAAGCAUGUACGUACUGAAGGAGCUUAUUGAGACUGAGAAGCACUAUGUGGCAGACCUGGGGCUCAUAGUGGAGGGCUACAUGGGCACAAUGAAUGCCAAGAGUAUACCGGAGGACAUGAAGGGAAAAGACAAGAUUGUUUUUGGGAACAUUCACCAAAUAUUUGACUGGCAUAAAGACUACUUCCUGGGAGAGCUGGAGAAGUGUUUGGCAGAGCCAGAGAGGCUGGCUCAGCUCUUUAUUAAACAUGAGAGGCGUCUGCAUAUGUACGUUGUAUACUGUCAGAACAAGCCCAAGUCAGAACACAUCGUCUCAGAAUAUAUUGAGACUUAUUUUGAGGAGUUGCGGCAGCAGCUGGGCCACAGGCUGCAGCUCAACGACCUACUCAUCAAACCUGUCCAGAGGAUCAUGAAGUACCAGCUGCUCCUCAAGGACUUCCUGAAGUAUUACACCAAAGCUGGGAUGGACACAGAGGAGUUGGAGAAAGCAGUAGAAGUGAUGUGCUUUGUGCCAAAACGUUGCAAUGACAUGAUGAAUGUGGGCAGACUACAAGGCUUUGAGGGGAAGAUCACAGCCCAGGGCAAGCUGCUCCAGCAAGACACCUUCACUGUUACCGAACAGGACAGUAGCUUCCUGUCCCGGGCAAAGGAAAGACGGAUCUUCCUGUUUGAGCAGCUGGUCAUCUUCAGUGAGCCAAUUGAUAGGAAGAAAGGUUUCUCACUCCCGGGAUACAUCUUUAAGAACAGCAUCAAGGUGAGCUGCCUGGGGGUGGAGCCCACUGUGGACGGCGAUGAUGGUCGACUUGUGCUGACAUCACGCAACCCUGACGGGAGUGUGGUGCGUUUCCAGUUGCUGGCCUCCUCCCCUGAGAUCUGCAGGGCCUGGGUCAAUGAUGUUGUUCAGAUCUUGGAAUCCCAGCGUAACUUCCUCAAUGCCUUACAGUCACCUAUUGAGUACCAGCGGCGAGAGAGCAAGUCUAAUAGCCUGGGCCGCAGCAUGAGGCCCCCUCUGUCUGCUGCCAGCGCUCUUCGGCCCCACUCUUCUGCCUCUAUAGACCGUCAUAAGCUGCCCUCCCUUCACUCUCACAACACCUCCCUGCCCACACUCUACCUACCCAGCCAAGGCCAGGGCCAAGGACCCAGCGAGACAUACUCACUGCGGGACCCCACUGUGGUCCAGCCAUGUCCUGCUGACUCCCACACUGUUUCUCCAUCACAUGUCCAACUGGGCUUCACUGAUCAGCCAAACUGUCAAGCUGUGUCAAAUGGGCUGUACACAGCCACCACACAAAGUGCACAGCAGAGAGCAGGAGAGGGCUGCCGAAGGGGUCAUGCUACUGAUGCUGGGAUCCAGGCUCCAUUGUCGGGCCCCUCAGCCGGACGACGCCCCAGCAACCUGGCUCAGCUAGCAGAGGAUGACCUAUGAACUCUGAUACUAUAUGUCUCCUGAGUCAGGAGGACAGCAGCUAACGCCACAGCUGUGGAGACAAGAAGACUUGUCUACUGUCUGUUUAUGCCAAGUUGGACCGUUACCUGGUUGAUUUUUCUGGAGGAUAAUGAAUGAACCCGAAGGAACAUAUGAAGGAAUUAUGGGCUGCAACUAUAAAAAUGACUUUGCUCCUGUUUUUAGGGAGCCAUUCAAUGGAAGGUGACUAGCUUAGGCCACCGUGAGUGUACAUGAACAGCUCCAGUUACUGGAUGUUACUGGGCUCAGAGGGAAAACACUCAUUUAACACUCAGUGUCAAGGCAAUUUCUGCUUUUUACCUUUUUGAGAGUUUGUAUACUAUACUCCUCUCUCUGUCAAAGGACAAGGUAAAUUUGUCUAAUGAAGAAAUAUCCAUUCCUAAUUGGGGCAGUCACUGGAGUUGAUUGUGUGCGUGUAUGUACCUUUGUGCAACAAUGUGUGUGCAUGUGAGUGUGCAAGGAGUGGCAGUGGCUCCUCUUGUACUCUCUGGUAAUUCUGAUGCCCAAUUGUGAAGACAAGAACAGCUACAUUAAUACAUUUAGUCAUUUCCCUGCUGACAACUGAGUUUGCUGUUUAUGUCAAUAAGAAUGGGAAAAAAACAGAACACUUGAUGUGAACAUGCCACAAAGACUUAACACACUCGGAUUUCAACUGAAAGUGAAGAACUUUCUUUCUUGCCACAGUGUUGAGAGCUCCUGUGUGCUCUCUUAUUCUGUUUGACUGGCCCUCGUUUGAUCUGGACAAAAAAGGCAUGAUGGAGCCCCCUGGAGGUCUUCUGUGGGUAUGACGUCACUUCAGAAUACAUUUUACUCUUUGGGCAACUCCAGAGGAGUUGCUAGAUAUGGUAGGUGCAUUCAAAGGGACUGCUGUGCUGACCCAAAGUGUUGCAUGCAACAUCUCCUUGGUGACUGACCGUCACAGUGCUACUUUACACAGAUCUUUCUACCCAGGUCAAAGUGGCGUGCUUGUGGUUCAGGGGACAUGAGUCCUUUAAAGUGCAUUGGUUUAAACUAAUAUAAAUUGUUUUAUUAGUCCACUGUUGUCAUGUCAAGGCUGUGCACCAUUUCUAUAAUCUCUGUUAGCUUUUGCCCUCAUGGACUAAAUACUGUACAGUGCAUACCAUAAAGGCAAUCAUAAAUUUCGACUUGUAAAAUGAAGAAUGACCCAGGUAUGCUGAUAAAUGUCACUGUUCCGGUUGAUUUAAAUGAAAGUUAGUAUUUUGCUGGAUGAAAAGUGAUGUUGAUGAAUCUGCAUGCCCCCUCUUUCUCAGACAACAGUGCCAAAAACAGCAGCUGACCACUAAAAUACUACUAUAGUUCAGUUUGCCACUACGCUUACUAAAUAAGAAAUCUUUGUUAUUACAGAUCUAGAUUAUAACACCUAAGUGACAAAAGCAGAAGACUAGAUGAAGGGGCUAUCCUGUCAAUAUCAAAUCAGUUCUUCUUUGUGGCCAGUAGAGGUCCCCACAAGGCUUUCACUUACAGUUAAGUUUGAUCAUACCGCAACAAAGAUCAAUAGGUCUCAAAUUUCAGUGCUCAAAAUGAAACAAAAGCUGCUCAAUAGUCUACCCCACCCUAAACAAUAAUAAAUGACACAAGGUAAACUGAGGAGAGGUGAGACAUUAGGAAAGUGAGUGGAGCCAUCUCACAGAAUUCAUCUGCAGUUAAUGUGAACUGUCGUGUUUUCAUGGGAAUUACUGAUCAGGCAGUUUUGCAUCAAAACAAAUACAACGACAGAGAACCAAAAGCAAGGACAUGAAACCAACAGAGAGGGUUGAUUAAUGCCAUGUUUGACUGAGAAGAAACUGUUGUAUCAUAUCAAAUAAAAGUGUCUUUUUGAAA